CCCCGGAUGUCUAUCGCGCCGGAAGAGAAGAAGGUCCUUUUUCCCAGCCAUCUUGUGGCUUCAUCUAGCGAAGUGUUCGCACCAAGCCUCGUAGAAUCGGAGGAAAAUCCUGCUGAAGGGGCGCCAUCAUGCCCGGACAAAUGCAAGAAGGUUUUGGCUGUGCCAUAACCAAUCGGUUCGACCAGUUAUUUGACGACGAAUCGGAUCCAUUCGAGCUGCUGAAGCAAGCCGAAGUGAAGAAGAAGGAAGCCCCUGCCCCUGGUGCCGCCAAGACCGCAGCCCAGGCUGCCAAGCAGCCGAAAAAGGAGUCCCAAAAAGACAGAAAGGUCCCGCUGACCGACAAGAAGGAGGAGACCCAGGCGCCCGUCCCACUUAAGAAAGAUGGUCCCGGCAUGAGGAGAAUGGGCCGCAAGCCGGAGGGCGAGGGCUUCAGACCCCAGGGCGAGGGCUUCAGACCCCAGGGCGGCCAGGGCCAGGGCCAGGGAGAGGGGCGCCCCCCCACAGACCGGCGGCCUGCGGACAGGCGGCCCCCGCGUCGCUUCGAGAGGCCUGCUGGUGGUGAUGCCGGCGAGAAGCCAGAGGGAGGCGAAUUCUCAGUGGAAAAACCCAUUGGUGAUCGGCCGAUGAGAGGACGUGGCGGUGGCGGUGGCAGAGGCGGCCGUGGUGCUGGUACUGGGACUGGCAGAGGCCGUGGCAUGGGUCGCAACGAUGGCUUUGACUCCAGAGGAAAACGUGAAUUUGACAGACACAGUGGCAGUGACCGAUCUAGCAUGAAAGGUGAGGAGAAGCGCGGUGGAAGUGGAUCUCACAACUGGGGCACCGUGAAGGAUGAUAUAAAACCUCCUAGCGAGCUUGACCAAUCGAACGUCACUGAAGAGAACCCUGAGGGAGAGGAGCAUCCACCCGCCGACUCUGAGAACAAAAGGGAGAAUGAGGUUGAGGAAGUGAAAGAAGAAGGCCCCAAGGAGAUGACUCUGGAUGAAUGGAAGGCCGUGCAGGACAAGGAGCGGGCCAAAGUGGAGUUCAACAUCCGUAAGGCCAACGAGGGAGCUAAUUGGAACAAAGGAUUUGUGCUGCACAAGUCCAAGGCAGAGCAGGAGAAGAAAGAAGAAGUGAUUGAAUCUGAGGUUGAGGAACCCAAGCUUGAAGAUGAGCACCACUUCCGGAAGCCAGCCAAUGACAUCACGUCCCAGCUGGAGAUCAAUUUCGGAGACCUGGGCCGUCCAGGCCGUGGACGCGGCGGUGGACCACGUGGUGGCCGCGGAGGUCGCGGCCGCGGUGGUAGCGGUGGUGGACCACCCGGCGCCGGACCACCCGGCGAAGCCGCUAGGCCGGUCCGCGCACCAAGACCCGACAAGUCGUCUGCGUCUGUGCCCAACGUGGACGACCCAGAGGCCUUCCCAGCCCUGGCUUAGGCCCCGGCUGCUGUUCCUCAGGCCUACAGGAGCCUCCUGAGCACCUCCACUACGAGGCUUGCAUGUUCCUGGAUCCUUCAGCAAAGUGAAAUGAUGGAGAAGACUGUCAUUUAACUAUGGCACUCAAAGUGAGGACUGAGUUUUACCCAAUAAAAACAAAACGAAGAUGGAAAAAAAAAAACAGAAAUUAACAAAAAAAAAACAAAAAAAGAAAAGGACUUCUUGCUACUCUGGAGCAACUUAUUGGUAGAGGUUUUGUACUUAGAAACAAAGUAGCAGGGAUGUUUUCAUACAGUAUUUUUUUCAGAGGUUAUGCAUUGUCCAUUGAUAAUUUUUUGUAAUUGCUGCUUGAAAAUAUGCAUUUCGAGAUGUAAGCAUAAGAAGGGUGUCUUUAGCUCGGUUUGAGUUAUUGCUUGCUCGCUUUGAAAUCGGCACGGUGGAGCUCCAACCCGAGCUCAAAAGCUCUGCCACACCAGGUGUCUCUGAUGAAGUUACAGCUUCACUCAUUAAGAUUUAUGGAGUUGUUUUUUUUCUUUCGCACUGGGGUAUUGUUUUAUAUUUUAUACAGGUCUAUUCUUCUAUGAUCUUCGGCCUGUAAAUCUUAACUAUUUUCAUAAAUUCCUGCAGAGACUGUAUUUCACAUGGUGCAAAUAGGACACACCUUGAUCCCCUUUGAUCAAGCGUUGCUGCCUGUAUUCGAAUUCAUUGAUGAAAUGGCGCCUAAAUCUGUAUUAUGGUUCUUUUGUACUGAAAAUGUACUAUAGGAGGAACAUUAGGUCAUUUUUGGAGGACCACAUCGGGGAUUACUCACCUAAAUUUGCAUUGAUCCGGAGAAAUUUGUCAAGGGGGUUCAUUUGAAGCAGAAAGUUAUUCCAUUUGUUCUGAUUUCUCAUGUAUUCGGGGUGCUAUUCGCCAUCUGAUAUCCCUUCCUCCCCGCCCAUUUCCUCUUUGAUUGCCAUUUGCAAGUCAAUUCACGCCUUUGCUUUUACUCUAGUUUAAGAGUGAUACGGAGAGGAAGUGUCUUUACACGGUUGAGACGUGGCUGAAGUCUUCUGGAAGCCCUCAGACCUUCUCCGACUGUUUACACACUCCACUUCUUCCACAGAUUUAAAGUCAGCCCAGCUUCAGUUUGUGUUGUUUGCAGUCUGUUCUGUGUUGAUAUUUUUCCUCCACUGUUGACUUGCCCUGUAGCUUCCACAGUGGCACCACUGCAUAAUUGCUCUGAAAGAAAUACAGUCGUUCAUUGCGUGGAACAACUGACGUGCUCUACAAAUGUGUGAAUUCUAGCCCUGCUAUUAGAGACCUCUGUCGGUAAAAUAAAGGUGGUCGAUAAA